GUGUGUGUGUGUGUGUGUGUGUGUUUGUGGGAAACAAUAGGAGACUGAAGAAUAUUGUGAGAUAGGAAGGAGAGGAACGGUGUAGCAUGGGGUUGCCAGGUUGAAUGAAUCCAGUGAAGCCUGUUGAGACCCAGCAGUCUUAGUGCGGGAAUUACGGUGAAUCUGGCAACCUAGUUUAGUGUAGUGCGCGUGCGCCUUGAUUUUGGCGCCAUCUAGCGGUUAAAGGCGGGAGGCUCGCGCGUCUGCGCUGCAGUGCGGAUAGACGCAGAGGGAUGGAGUGUGUUUGAGUCAGAGCGCUGCUGGGGCCUGAUUCCAGCAUCCUCACCGCCUCAGCAGCUCCCAGCAGCUCCCAGCAGCUCUGCUCCCAGCGCGGGGAUUCGGGUGUUGAUGCAGGUCACAUUGUUGUGUGGAGAGACCGUGUCCUGACCGUGUCCUGGCUGUGACUGUAGGGAAGGAGCCGGCUCAUGGUCACGUCCCAAAUGAAGAUUUUCAAGAGACGGAAAGGACCAAGCCUCUGUAGUCCGUGUGCCAGGCUGUCAGAGGAGGGCUGUGGCAUCGACUAGUUCGCUCGUGUUUGUGAGGUUUGGGAAGAAAUUAAUCAUGAUGAUUAAUGGGUCGUUUAAGCUGGGGGCGGCCCGAGUGUUGUCUGGGUGGCAGUGUUUAGCUCCUGCACUGCAGGAAAACGACAACAUGAGCGGAUCAACAGACUCGCAGGACCUCAUCCCUCCCAACUGUAUGGUGAAGGAGCGUUGGAAAGUGCUGAAGAAGAUCGGUGGUGGGGGGUUUGGAGAGAUCUACGAGGCUCUGGAUCUGCUGACGAAGGAAAAUGUGGCUCUGAAGGUGGAAUCGGCUCAGCAGCCCAAACAGGUGCUCAAGAUGGAGGUGGCUGUGCUGAAGAAGCUGCAGGGUAAGAAUCACGUGUGCAAGUUCAUCGGCUGUGGGAGAAACGACAAAUUCAACUACGUGGUGAUGCAGCUGCAGGGACGGAACCUGGCGGAAUUAAGGCGGAGUCAGCCACGUGGAACCUUCACCAUUAGCACAACGCUGCGUUUGGGAAAACAGAUCCUGGAGUCCAUCGAAGCUAUUCACUCUGUCGGCUUCCUGCACAGAGACAUCAAACCUUCUAAUUUUGCCAUGGGGAGGCUGCCUUCCACAUUCAGGAAGUGCUACAUGCUGGACUUUGGGCUGGCGAGGCAGUACACCAACACCAACGGGGAAGUGAGACCACCCAGGACUGUAGCUGGUUUUCGAGGCACAGUUCGGUACGCUUCAGUCAACGCUCACAAAAACAAGGAAAUGGGUCGCCAUGACGACCUCUGGUCUCUGUUCUACAUGUUGGUUGAGUUUGCUGUUGGUCAGCUGCCCUGGAGAAAAAUCAAAGACAAAGAGCAGGUGGGUCAGGUAAAGGAACGUUAUGACCAUAAGAUGCUGCUAAAGCACAUGCCCUCUGAAUUCAACAUCUUCCUCGAGCACAUCUUAAGCCUGGACUACUACACUAAACCUGACUAUCAGCUGCUGAUGUCAGUGUUUGAGCAGAGUAUGAAGGCACGAGUCAUCAUGGAGAAUGAACUGUAUGAUUGGGAGAAGAGCAACAUACAGCAGCACACACGGCAUACAGCAGCCAUGGCCAGAGUGCUGAACGUGAGCGCGGUCACUGGGGAGCCGCAGAGAGAAAGCACAGAGUUUGUUCUUGAGGAUGAGCACCUGAGUGAUCAGGAGAACGCUCCACCCAAUCCUGCUCCUGCCACUGCAGAAAAUGGUCCAGCACCCCCUGAUGGAGACGAGUGGGACAGCACCGAUAUCAACCGCAACAAACUGAGAAUCAGCCUGGGAAAGGAGGAUGAGGGAAACCGGGGUGUGUGUCCUGUCUCACCACAGAGAGGAGGGGGAGGGGCCGAGUCCCCCAGCGCACAGAUGCGCUCUCUCAGGUCGCGCAUGGACGCUCUCGGCUCUCCGUCCCGCCACCUUUACUCCUCACAGCCGGCCCAGAUGUUGUCCAUCGACGGUUGUCGUGGAGACCGCUGUCGCAACGACGGCUCCGAGGCACACAGCAAUGCCUUUAUCCGGUCCGUGCCGCUGGCCGAGGAGGAGGACUUUGAUAGCAGGGAGUGGGUCAUCAUCGACAAAGAGGCAGAGCUCAGGGACUUCCAGCACCGCCCACUAGGGGCAGAGCCAACCACAUCCGGCACUACUGACGAUGAGCCGGAGGAGCUCCGCCCCUUGGAUGAACAGAUCACACGUCCCCGACUGAACACUAGGGGCGUGGCUGAGAUGGAGAUGGUGAGGUGGAGUGGGCGGGGCCAACCACCAGAUAGUCCUGCACCAUCAACUUGUAUCUCGGGACGACUCAAACAGAGAGAGUCUGAGCCAAAUACACCUCACAGACAGGUUUCAGUAAAGAGGGACGUUCUACUCUCCCCGACUGACUAUCGGACCAAAUCUGCGUAUUCCGAGAAAGAAAUGUUCCAUAUUCUACCAAAGCUUCAGGCCAAGAGAGCAGAUUUCCUGAGCGUCAUGCUAACCGGGAGCCUCCAUCAGUGCAAAAACUUCAUGGCCACGCCCUCUGACACCCUGGACGACGGGCCGCAGGAAGAUGAUGUGACGAGGAGCGAGUCGGACAGUUUAGAUCAGAGCCAGGAUGAACCUCCUUCGACGUUACUAGCUGUUGACCCUCAGAAAGGAAACAGAGAUCCAGGUUCUGUGGCUGAUGGAGACCUGGAUCAAGAGGACAUCUCAAAAACUUUGGUUCUGUUCUCACCUGGAGAUAUGAGGAAGUCUCUGAAUUCUGGAGCUGGAACUGAUGUUCUGCAGAGUGAAAAGGAAGCUGUGGACCUCCAGACAUGUGUCUUAGAGAAAAACCAGCAACCUUCAACUAAACAUUGUGAUGCAGUUAAACAGAAAUGUGACCCACUUAUCAGCACCAUUCCUCCUACCUCUCCUCCUGGGACCAAUACGCAGAAGCAUCAAUCAGCACAAGAACCUCCGGAGAACCAGAAAGAGCUACAUGAUGGUAAGACUUUUGGAUUAGGAGUCCAACAAGAGUCGAAACAUUUGGCUUCUUCUACAUAUCCUUCUGUAACUAAGCCACUAGAACAAGAACCUUCCAAGAACCAAUGUAACAGUCCAGAUGAUCUUGGCAUCUCCAGUUUAGUCAGACAAAAAAGCAGUCCCUCAGCCACUUUACUGGCUCAAUCUGGUUCUGCAUCUCCUCCUUUCACCAGAGUUGAAAGGACCUUUAUCCACAUUGCUGAGACCACGCAUCUGAACAUCAUGUCAUCCCAAGUACAUCAGGUUCAGGGGGAGAACCUUGAACUACCUGAGUGUGAGGUGGAACCUCAAACCAGAACCAUCAUCCUAGAAGCAGGAAGCCUCUGGUCGAAACGUUCAUCUCGUCCUUCAGCAGAAGAAACUCAUAGGUAUAAUGAUGUUGAUGGACCUGUCCAGCACCAGAUUCCUGUCAACAUGGCAAUCGGGUUUUCUUCUGCUUCCAUGAAGACACGGCGACGUGGCCAAAGAGAAACAUCACCAGAAAAUCCCAAAGAGGGGUUCCAGUGUGGGACAGAAGGAGACACGCAAGAAGAAAAGAAUACAGCAUCUUCAUGCCUGAGGAUCAGAAGUCGGAUCCCCAUCCUGGUAGCAGACGACAGUGCUGCUGCAGAUCCGCCACCCUGCGAUCAAACCUGGAAACGAGCUAAGCAGCAGGAGUUUGUUCGACUGGUUCUGGAUAGACAGAGACAGAUCUCUUCCUCACUUUCCUCUGGAGACGAAGCCAGGAGAACCUCCGAGACUCCUUCCACCACUGAGGAAGACACACACCAGUCAGAUGACGUGAUUGGGAAAGUCAAGCAGGAGGUGAGGGAGCGAGGGGGCGAGGGGUGGAGCAGCAGGAUUCCUCGUCCUGUUACACCAAUCAGACGAGCUCCAGCCAAACUCCUGUUAACCAUCGCUACUAAAUCCACUGUGAGACCUGACCUGAGCACACACACUGCAAACCCCGGGAUGAAGUGUGUGCAGUCCAGAACCAGUGUGAGGUCCAAAUCUGCCCUGACCAGACCAGCGAGUCCUCGUACCCCGUUACGCUGCAUCUUCACUACCUCACGCAGCUUAAACUCCACCCACAGGACACAUAGCCCCUCCCCCCACCGCAUGAUUGCCAGGACUAGCACAGUCUCACAGGCACGCGGCGGCACACACAACCCCAAACACAACCCCACACACACCGGCACACACAACCCCACACACACCGGCACACACAACCCCACACACAACCCCACACAUGAGAAGGACAUGGAGAACCACACAGACAUGUGCAGGACACGAAGAACCCCACACAGACAUGUGCAGAACACGAAGAACCACACACAGACAUGA